GGCUGAAGGAGGAGAAGUGAUCCAAGGCGCGCAUGAAAGGCGCUGAAUGGUUCUUCCUCUGGCAUAUUACACCCAUAAAGGAACUAAAAUAGCGCUGUUUGAACCUUUAUACAGCAUUAGUCGUUAAAUUUCCCUCACAUUUUCUAGUGCACCUGCCCCGCUGCCAGACCGGUACAUCCGUCUCCUCAUCGCGGGCUCUGGAGUCGGGGUUCCCAGCUGCUGAGCAGGAGAGAUCCCCGCCAAACCUGGUCAUGGGAUACGGUAGAACCGCUGCAGCUUUGCGCUUGUUCACCUGAAAGGUUUUGUGGAUUUAUAGGACGGAUUUUAAAGGACGAACAACGCUCUCAGGGGGUCAUUUUUGUCAGAGAUCUGGAACCCAGAAGCCUCCGAGAGGGGCUUAAUAUUUUUAACAUAAGGUUUGGAUUUCUUUUUUAUUAAAUUUUUUGAGGGUGGAAGGAUGACCUCUUCCAGAUGUUUCAGGCUGAUCGUCGUCAUCUUCUGCUGUUCGUCACUCACAUCUGGUCGUGUUGACAGGCAUCCUAAGAUUAUUCCAUCGGAUAAUCCACUGAUUCUUCAUAAGGAAAAGUCAUUGAGCCUCUUUUGCAGAGGUCAAGGCAUCUUACAAUGGAUCCUUGCAAAUCGAUUGAUUCCAUCGGAGGGAGUUAAGGUGGAAAAGUGUGACUCCAGACAUUAUUCCCAUUGCAGCAAACUCACAGUUACAGACUUAAGAGCCAGCGACACGGGGACAUACUCCUGCAACUCCUCCGAAGUUGGUUCACACAAUGUCACCUCAGUUUACAUCUAUGUAAAAGACCCCGAACAGCUGUUCGUUGAGCCCCAUCCCAGUAACCCUCAGGUCCUGAGCAUCUACCGGGACGAGACCAGCCUCGUGGUGCCAUGCAGGACCACCUCACCUGAUGCUGUUGUAAAACUGGAAGGGAUACCAGUGCUUUCAAAAAACAUUGCUGAAGAGAAGGUGUGGGAUCCCAAAGUGGGGUUCAAGAUUCCCUAUGGUCCUUAUACGACGUACUCAUGGCUCACCUGUUCCACUGAGGUCAAUGGGCAUCAGUUCCUGUCCCACUACUUCCCCAAGAGACACACUAAGCUUCUACAAAAUAUAAAAAUCACACCAGAUCAUGUCAAAGUGUUGGUUGGUGACACACUUAUCCUGAACUGCAGUGGGGAGACCGGCCCUAACGGAAGAAUAAACUUCACCUGGGAGUUUCCGAAGCAAAAGGAAAAUCGACACCAAACAAGCAGAUCUGAUAUGAUACCGGCUAACCCUAUUAUGAUGAGCCAGGUCUUGGUGUUACCAAACAUAACCAUGGAAGACAAAGGAAAGUAUGUCUGCCACGCUUUUCUUGAACGUUCGAUACACAAGAAUGCUUCCGCAAAAGUUAAAGUCUAUGAACAUCCAUUCCUCAACAUAUCUUAUAAGCAGAACCAUAGGGGCGUAAUAGUUGUCAGCGAAGGUACAAAGAAGCUUGUGUUGGAGCCCAGAGUCAAUGCAAUGCCACUACCAGACGUGAUUGGAUGGUAUAAAGAUGGUGCCAUUUUGAAAAAUUCUACAUGCUACAGGAUGUCUGGCUACAGCCUGUCCAUCCUUGACCUGAAGCACGGGCACACUGGGAUUUUCACCAUAAGCCUGGGCAACCAACUGAAGGGCCUUUACAGGAAUCUGAGCUACUCUCUGACCGUUGAAGUUAAGCCGACUAUCUCUGAGGCGGAGCUCUCCAACCAGGACGUGCAGCCCUAUAUGUCUGGCAAGCAGCAUCAGCUGACCUGCACCGCCUUCGGAGUACCCCUACCUCAAAUCACCUGGCUGUGGCAACCGUGUAACACAAACCUGAUGAUUGAACACUGCAUCUACAAAGACGACAUCGUGGUGAAGCCUGAUGCCCAAGGAAAUAAUUACCACAACUGGAUCAAGAACAUAAACGUCAAGACUGAACUGGUUCAAGGAAAAAACAAGACUGUGAGCACCCUGGUGAUUGGAGAGGCUAAUGUUUCUGGACAAUACCGCUGCAAGGCCCAGAACAAACUAGGCAUGGCAAUCAUCAAUCUCCCUUUCUACGUUGACGAUUACCCAGAGGAAGUCGCCAUCGAACCUCAAACAGCCGUAGAGGGAGACAACGUCAAUCUGACCUGCAGGGCCACCCGUUACCUCUACACAAGCUUACGGUGGCUGGACUCCAAGAAUGAAACAAUCACCACCAAAGUAUCUAAUUUCCAGAUCAAUCGCCACUCCAUUUCCAUGUCUCUCAAUCUGCACAGUGUGUCCCGAAACAGCAGCACAGGGUACCAGUGCCAUGCAUUCAAGCUGCACAAUCCAAGAGAGUUCAGAGUCAAGACGGCUGUCUUAGUGGUGGAGGAGAGAAAACGGCCAUGGCUCAGUCAGAAUCUGACCAAUCAGGACGUAAACAGCAGCAGCACCCUGGUUCUGGCUUGCUUUGCUUCGGGGGUUCCUCGUCCCCUGAUCCGGUGGUACAAAAACGACGUAGAAGUGGAAGAGAGUCCAGGGGUCACACUUGAAGAAGACGGGACUCUCAUCAUCGAAAGGGUGAAGAAAGACGAUGAGGGUCGGUACGAGUGUGUGGCCAAAAAUAUUGAGGGAUUAGCAAAAACGAGCGCUGUCGUCACUGUGCUUGGAGUUGAAGGCAAGUCAAACAUUGAGGUCAUAAUUUUGGUGUGCACUGGAGCUGCUGCCACGUUCCUCUGGAUUAUGCUCAUCAUGUUCAUCCGAAAGCUGAGGAAGCAGCCAGCUCACUACAAGAUGGGUCCAUCUAUCAUCAUUGAUCCUGAAGAGUACCCUCUCGAUGAGCAGAACGACCUCCUUCAGUAUGACAGCAGCAAAUGGGAGUUUCCCCGUGACCGCCUGCGUCUCGGUAAAACGCUCGGCCAUGGAGCUUUUGGAAAAGUGGUAGAGGCCUCUGCUUUUGGGAUUGACAAGCUCUCAACCUGCAAGACGGUUGCGGUAAAAAUGCUGAAAGGUGGUGCUACAUUGAAUGAGCGUAAAGCUCUGAUGUCGGAGUUAAAGAUCCUGAUCCACAUUGGCAAUCACCUGAAUGUAGUCAACCUCCUGGGAGCCUGCACCAAACUUGGAGGACCUUUAAUGAUGAUUGUGGAGUUCUGCAAAUACGGCAACUUGUCCAACUACUUGAGAAGCAAGAGAGAUGACUUUCUCGUCUACAAGAGGCAGGACGGUAAGGUGGUGUCGGCCGGGUCGGGCUGUGAGCUGAGCGAGCUGAUGAAGCGUCGUCUGGAGAGCGUGGCCAGCACCGGAAGCUCGGCGAGCUCUGGCUUUAACGAAGAGAAGAGCUUCUGCGACUCAGAGGAAGAGGAAGAAGAACCUGAAGAUUUAUACAAGAGAGUUCUGACCCUGGAGGAUCUAAUCUGCUACAGUUUCCAAGUUGCAAAAGGCAUGGAGUUCUUGGCUUCACGCAAGUGCAUUCAUCGGGAUUUGGCUGCACGGAACAUUUUACUCUCUGAGAACAAUGUGGUGAAGAUUUGUGACUUUGGGCUUGCCAGAGACAUUUAUAAGGACCCGGAUUAUGUUCGCAAAGGAGAUGCCAGGCUGCCACUGAAGUGGAUGGCUCCUGAAGCCAUAUUUGAUAAGAUCUACACAACCCAGAGUGACGUUUGGUCCUUCGGUGUCCUGAUGUGGGAGAUCUUCUCUCUAGGUGCCUCUCCGUAUCCUGGGGUCCAGAUUGAUGAGGAAUUCUGCUGCAGGCUGAAAGAAGGGACCCGGAUGAGAGCGCCAGAUUACGCUCCCUCUGAAAUAUAUCAAACCAUGCUAGACUGCUGGCAGGGAGAGCCACAGCAGCGUCCAACCUUCACUGAGCUGGUGGAGAGGCUGGGAGACUUGCUUCAGGCCAGCGUGCAACAGGAGGGAAAACACUACAUACCCAUCAACACAGCCGUGCUGGCGAAGGUGGGAGAGCAGACUGAGGAGAUGGAGGGGAUGUCCACAAAACCCGUCUCCCACCGUGACUCAGGGAGCAACUGGAACAUAAAGAUCCGCCCUGCAAGCGUCAAAACCUUUGAUGAGAUCACCAUGGAGAACGGGACAAAUGAAAAUCAAGAGGGCCAGUCAGACAGCGGGAUGGGCCUUUCGUCCGACAACAUGAAGACGCUGAUGCGAUUCGAAUCAUUGGCAGGCCGACCUCUGAGCAUCAUGGCCCUGGCGAUGAAGGCGGUGAGUAAGAGUAAAGAGUCGGUGCUGAACGACUCGGAGAAGGAGAAGUUCCUGCCCACCGUUCCCCCUUUAGACUUCAGUCUGGACGACUCGGCUCUGGAUGCCAGCCUGGAAUGUCACAGCCCUCCGCCUGACUACAACUACGUGGUGCGUUACUCCACCCCUCCUGUGUAACCUCCUGUCUGAAUCCCUCUGGAGGAUCUGAGAGUGGGAGGGUCAACGUCUCGGCUUUGUUCUCCUCUGUUUUGACGGCUCUGCGUCAUUGUUGGAGAGCAAAGCACGAGAUUCCCUCUUUAUGUGCUCAGAAGUGACUCAGAUCCACUGCAUCUUCCCUGUGGAUCUCUGUGAACUGUUGAUUCCUGUUUUUCCACAUGUUGGCUUACGUUAAUGCUGCUGGUCUGUCCCAACAUUCACUGUGAUGUGUCAAACAGCUGAAAACAGCCUCAGGUAUUUCUGAUCUACUGUGAAACAAAUCGCAUCGAUCCCAACAUUACCCCAGAUAAAACCCAUGAAGAGUAUUAAAAAGAGUUGAACCCAGGAAGGGAAAUAUUCAAAUGAUAAUCGAUUUUAUGUCCUUAUAUGUAUAAAAGGAAUCUUAAAAUAAAUUAAUCUUUUGUCGAUGUGGCAUAAUCUCGUGAAUAAUUGAAGGCUAUUUUUUUAUGGUAAAUAGUUCCAGUUUUAAACUUUGUUUUGUAAAAUUAUUGUUUUUAAAAUAUUACUCCGACUGUAGGUAUGAGUUAGUUUAUGUGAGGAGUUUAUGAAGAUCAGAAACCCAUCUGCCUUACUUGAAUGGCAUGCUUUCUUGUCUUUCCCAUUUUGAUCAUUUCCCAUAUAGAAACAGUCCUGUGUGUCACAUCAUAUUUAUAUCCCAGGGAAACAAUAACUUGGAGGUUCCUAGACACUCUCAUCCACUCAAAAAAGUAAAGAGCAAUUUUAAAAUGACUUUGGUACAUUUAUUUUUUAGGAAUACAAAUACAAUUUAAAUAUUACUCAACUUUGAAUUUUUCCUCCACCUAAUAAAUCCAGUCAAAUUAAGGGUUGGAUUUUUCUAAAAUGUUGAGUGUGAGAUUAUGCUACUGCAAUAGAAGAUGGAUUUAUUCUAAGGCUUUUUACACAUCUUCAUCAGGAGAGCCUCAAACGUGGGGUGGUGAACCUAAAGUACUGUACAAGAUACAAAAUACAGAAAAUUCAUGUUUAAAUUCUCCUUUUUCAGAUACAUUCUUGUGUGAUUUUGCAAAAAGAAACCUCAACCAACUCAGGUUUACCCAUGCAGGAAACAGUAUUUGGGUUUUUAUCUUUUACUCUUCAGAGUUUAAAAACUCACAGGUUAAUGAAGGAAACAGGGUUCAGCAAAACAUUUAUAUGACUCUUCCUCCUGUGUCAGUAUGUUGUGGAUUAAAUGCUGCGCUGUUUUUUUAUUUGACUUUUCCUUUUUGUUUUUGUUCUGACCUAAAGAAAAUCAAUCAGAUUUGUAUAUUUUCUUAUUUGUAGAUGCAGAAUAAUACAUGUAAUUAGAAAAAAGUUUAAUAGGAACAUUUUAUCCAAAAAGCUCAGCAAAAGUGAAUUGUGUAUUUAUAUAUAGAUUGCAAACACUGUCACCUAUUGUUUCGCUGUUCACCCAGAUUUAAUGGUUUACCAAAGCUCAGAUUUCCUGAUAUCUCCAGUGUCUCAUUCCUGUAUUUGCUGUAGUAGUCACGGAAGGUUAAACUGUAGGAAUCUCCACACAAACAGGUGAGCGGGCUGCUCUCUGAGCCUCGUUUGGUGCCUGUAAAGCCUCCGACCCAGGCCACAAAAACCCUGAGCAAGUCAGCAGCAGCAGCAACCCGCUCUGGGAAACCAGACCGGGUUGGGCCGGGUUUCGACAUGCAACGUCUGAGAGAAUACUGUUUUUGGAGCGUUUCGUCGUCACUGAAAGUUCUGUGGAGAGGAAGUUGGAGCAUGCACACACCUGAUGGAAAUGCACCUAUGUUGUUUUCAAAAACCACAAAAAAAAAAAUCUGUAAUUGAGUAAAAAUGAAUCCAUGCUUUUCCAGAUGAUGUGGAGAAUGAUUAUGCACUGAUACUUUAUAUCAAGUAUAUAUAUUUUGUAAUGCUACCAUAUUUUAUUGAAACGUUGUAGGUAACAUUUUCGCAAAGAUAUCAGAUGUGUUGUUUAUAUUGAACUGAUAUCUAUAUAGUAGGAAAUUAACAUUUGCAGUAUUUGUUGUAUUUUGUCUUUUUGUCUGUCGUGCUUAGCUGCCAAAAUAACCUCACACAUUUAGUUGAGUUGUCCCUUUGGAACAUUUCAUUUCACCUUCGCUGUAAACGGAAAAGUUAAUUUUAUUGCAUUUAUUUGAAACAAACUACACAUAAAGGUUCCUUUUGUAACUCAAACACACAUGGAGCGUUAAAGCUUAGAUGUAUUCAACUGUGAUGCUACCCAACACUGUUAACCUAGUGUAUGAAGUAAAUAAAUGAAUAAAGAUUUAUAUAUUUAUACAGUC